AUGGGAGGAAGAAGAUUGGCGGAAGGAGAUGGUUUGAGGGGACAAAGGUCCGUCCUUUAUUUCGUGCCAUACUUAUUGCUUUUAUACACGUACAUGGCGCUCAUCACGCUCCCUGCAAGUCUAGAGAUGAUAUUGCAGUCCGUGGUUUUCUCAUCACAUAAGGAAGGUACUCUGAGCGAAACGGAAGCCAUUAAGGUCUAGAGGCCGCCUCCAUCGCCACCACCCAGCCCAUCAUAGCCUUCUCCCCCACCUCCACCACGGCCACGGCCAUAACGUCCGCCACGGCCACCACCGUGCCCAUAGCCUUCGCUUCCAUCUCCACCACGGCCGCGGCCACCACCUUGCCCGUCGCCUCCGCCAUGGUCACCGCCACCACGCCCAAAGCCUUCACCUUUACCUUCGCCUUCGCCUCCUCCGCCGCCACCCCCGCCACCCCCUCCGUGUCCCCAACCAGCUCCAGUGCCAUGGCCAUACCCUCCACCGCCUCCACAGCCCCAACCAUAGCCACCACCGUUCCCUCCACCACUUCCGACGCUAUUCCCUCCCCCUUCUCCCUUUCCUCCCCCAUAACCUCUUCCGCUGCUGCCUCCACCGCCUUCACCCGCCCCAGUCCCUCCGGCGGAGCCAUCACCGUCCAACAUCGUCUCCUGAAGAUGCCUGCCGUCGGCGAUGGCGGCCAUCAGCACCACCGCUGCCACCAGAAACCCUAGGCUUCUCAAGCCCUUCCCCAUCUUCGCUAAGGAGAGAACAGAGCAGAAGAAGAGGUUCUCUGUCCCGAGGUGGCGAUGGCCAUGCGGCCACUGGGGUUCUUAUAGGGCCGAGCUCCCCUCCCCCUCGAGUCGAGACCAACCCUGUGCGAUCAAUCCAUUUCUCUGUGGGUCCUGAAGAGGAAGGCGAUACGUCCAUGGCUCUGAGAACCCCAGAAGUCCAACGAGCUCUGACCUUAGCAUCUCUCUCUCUCUCUCUCUCUCGUGCGCCUGUCCUACCAGCUAUCUUUAUGCUCUGCGAAUCUCCAGGUUAUCGAUCUAAAUCCAUGCAGUUACGUGCAUGGAGUUCCUUCCUACGUGACCGGUGUUCGGUGUUGGCAUCGUCAGCAAGACGCCAUCGUAAUUUCACUCCCCCUCGGCUUCAUCGACGGACCCAACCCGGGCUCUGACGUUCCCGUGCGGUCAGGCCCCGUCAUCGUCCCCCUUCCCUCUGUGAACUCUCUCUCUCUCAGCCCUAAAAUGCCGGGCACAUAUAUACGGGUGGCAUUUGAACUUGCUUACAAUUUGAACGGCGAAAGGACGUCCGCUUAUUUCUUGCCAUACUCAUAGCUUCAUGCACUCUGCGUCACCAGAGUUACGGUGAAGCGUUGGGCCUUACAUGGCGUAGUCUAGAAGCCACCGUCGCCUCCACCGCCUCCCCCUCCCCCUCCCCCGCCACCGCCUCCUCCGCCACCGCCACCCCCACCACCUCUCUUACCUCCUCUAGCGACACCACCAGCACCUCCACCGCCUCCAUUUCCACCUCCGCCGGCGCCACCACCUCCAGCUCCGCCACCAUCACCUCCAUCCCCUCCCUUUCCUCCUCCGACUGCGCCAUCACCCCCAGCUCCAACACCAGAACCUGCUCCACCUUCUUUCCCUCCUCCGGUGCUGCCACCGCCUACACCACCCCCACUGCCAGCUCCACCACCUGCACCGCCACCGGAACCUCCGGCACCUUCUUUCCCUCCUGCGGCGCCAUCACCACCUACACCACCCCCACUGCCAGCUCCGCCACUUGCACCGCCACCGGAACCUCCGGCACCUUCUUUCCCUCCUGCGGCGCCAUCACCACCUACAUCACCCCCACUGCCAGCUCCGCCACAUGCACCGCCACCGGAACCUCCGGCACCUUCUUUCCCUCCUGCGGCGCCAUCACCACCUACACCACCCCCACUGCCAGCUCCGCCACUUGCACCGCCACCGGAACCUCCGGCAUCUUCUUUCCCUCCUGCGGCGCCAUCACCACCUACACCACCUCCACUGCCAGCUCCGCCACUUGCACCGCCACCGGAACCUCCGGCACCUUCUUUCCCUCCUGCGGCGCCAUCACCACCUACAUCACCCCAGUGCCAGCUCCGCCACCUGCACUAUCACCGGAACCUCCUCCACCCUUUCCUCCGGUGCCACCAUCACCUACACCACCUCCACUGCCAGCUCCGCCAUUUGCACCGCCACUAG